ACCAGCAUCACAUCCUACAAACUUCGCUUCGACUCCUCCAACAAACCAACGAGCGAUACGCGAAUGCUCGAGACAGGAGCAUCACCGCUUCAUGCAUAUUCCCGCUCACACCUUCCCGCCCAUUCGUCUCCGGUGUCUGACUAGCGGCGCCUUCCUCCCAGCGCCGCAGAGACAUGGCCCGGAACGCCCAGUCUAGCUACGGUCAAUCUUAUAUGCGUGCGUUUCGGCGACAUCAAACUAUGUCUAAGACUGAGCUCUCAGUUUCGGUGACGAUGCGUCGACGUUGUGUGAGACAGGAGGAGCACCUGCUCGCAAGCCCAGCAAGACUUCCGCUGGGCCACCACGCAAAUUCCGAAUGAAGUUUUCC